AUGGAAGAAGAGUCGAGCCGUUUCCGCUGGCAGAAAGUCUCCCAUAAGUGGCUCUGCCAACGGACUGUGAAAAGGAACCACUUCACGAUCUACUUCACAACCUACUUCACGUGUGUGUGCAAGGCCAAAUCGACUCAACAAUCCUCUCUCCCUUGGCCCCCUUCCCUGUCCGCCCUCCCUCCGUUAACCAGGAUCUACUUCGCAUGUGUGUGCAAGGCCGUCACAGGAUGCCCGGCACGCAAAGUGGAGGACCGCAUCGCCGGCCCGCCCCGCGGCAAGCACUCUGCACCGCCCGCCGUCGUGACUUUUGAGUCGACUCAAAAGUCAAAAGUGGAGGACCGCAUUGCCGGCCCGCCUCGCGGCAAGCACUCCGCGCUGACCGCCGCUGCUACUGCUUCUGCUGCUGCUGCCAGCACGGCGGACGCGACCUAUGCUGCUGAUACUGCUGAUGCUGCCGAUGCGGCUGAUGCUGCUGCUGAUGAUGCGGCUGCGCCGGCUCUUGAGGAUGAACGCCCCACCCGCCCCGAGCGCAUGGAGAUGCGCAAGGUGAUACGCAUGACGACUUCAGGCUUCCACAACCACCCUUCCUCGUUGUGUCUCAAGCGCCGCCGCCGCGCCGACGUCAGAGCAAGCGCCAUGGCUGCUCCUUUUCAAGACGCGGCAGCAGCCUACGCAGCACCGCUUGCUGCCCUCCUGAAACCUCACCAUGUCCCAUCUCAUCAUGCCGCAACUUCGCAAGGCGCUGAAAGUCCCAAAAACGCAUCACGGGGUGAACUGUUUGCGACAAUCCCUCAAUUCAUUCCUGAGGUGCAGACCCGCGGCGACAAUCCCAAGGAGAUCCUGUGCGCGUCAAAACCACUCACUGACCUCAUCCCGUCCUAUCGCUCGCUUGGUGAUACCAAGGAGACUUGCACUGCCCUUGCGCCUGCUGUCCUCUCGCACAGAAUCGCCGGCACAGCACAGCGGAGGAACUUCGGGAGCAUGCAUGAGCAGAUUAUGGCACUUAGCAAAGAGACAGAGGAGAUAAGCCAGGCUGAGGAUAAACUGGGCUUCCCACUUGAUGGGGUCUGCUUCUCUGCUGCUGAACGGAUGAGCUAUCGGCCAAAAGAGCUGGAAUUUCAGCCUCAGGAGUUGUUAAAUCAGCCUCAGGAGUUAAGAUAUCAGCCUGGGCAGUUUGAGGAGUUGAGGUAUCGGCCUGGGGAGUUGAGCUACCAGGCUUCAAAGCGGCAGAGGGCAACGCAGGUGAAAGCUGAGCCAGACGUUUCUUUGGAGAGUCCCGGCGCCAGCUGCUGCCAGGAUGAGCCGCCCUGGCGUGCCGACAGCUGUGUGUCUGCCCCACACUUCUCAGCCGUGGCUGCUCAACGGUCCUCAGCUGCCACCUGUGCUAUAGGGAACUUGCAAAGAACAUCGUCGUAUAGCCACGACGGGCUGCCCUGGCCUGCUGGAAGCUCCAUGUCUGCUCCACACUUGCCUGCUGGGCCGCUUUGGUCUGCUGCUGGCGGCGGCGAUGCAUCGUUCUUCCCUCGGCUGUCUGCGACGACCUGCGCCACUCAAGGGAUGCUGCACUGGAGCAGCCUCGGACUGCCACAGCGCUUCCCAAACCAAUGUUCGAACCCAGCAGGUCCGGCAGGCCCGCCAGGCCUGGCAGAACCUGCAGAAAACACCGAACCAGCAGGCCUGGCACCUUCAGCGUUCCUAGCACGCCCAGAAGCGCAAACAGCCGCAGCAACCUCGGCAGUGGCUCUUCCGCAAGACUGGCAGUUUCCAGCAAGUGCCAAGGUUGGCGAGAGCAGCAGCCCUGAUGUCGCACUAUUGCUGGAGGAGCUGUUGACUCCGGCUGAGUGGGAGGUCGUGCUCUCACGGAUGGUCCAGAAGCAAGGACCGUUGGAUAAGGGAGUGGAGCAGCAGAUGAACGCUUAUGCAGCAUGA